AUGUCCUCCUCAUCGUCGAUUACGCCACCACCGUCGCUGCCGCAACCCGUUCUGCGUCGACGUAUUCUCAUCACUUUUCGUAUGCAAGAACUCAUUCUGCAGAUGGAUUCAAACGAUCGUCCCCUGGCUGAGUGCCGACUGACCAGUACCACGGCUGCUUUUGCCCGCUUCACUGGCGUCAUCAAUCAUGGCCUCGUGGAGUACCAGGCGCGAGCUCAAGUGCAUAGCCUCACCAUCGCGGACGCUGUGUCCGGUCUGGGUGGUGACUUUGAUCUCCUGGCGGCCUCUCAUCGCGGUGUCAGGUUGGUGUUGCCCUCCCAUGUGUCUCCUAUUUUUGCUGCCGUUCUUGGUUCUAGCGUUCCUUUAGGACCACCGAUCACUGUUGUAAUGUUGAAAUUUUCUUGA